AUGUCAUUCAAAAAUGAGAACACAUAUCGAAAACAACAACAAGAAAAUUUUGUCGGAGAGAGGGAUGUUUUAAUUGGAGCGGCAAACGAUAGCAAGAAAAAUGAUGAUCACGCCAGUAAAUCAUCUGUGGUUGUUAAACCUCGAAAAAUUGCUUUAAAAGCUUGUAACAAUUGUCAAAAAAUUAAGAAAAAGUGUGAUGGAGAUUUUUUAACAAAUUCUUCAUGUUCUAAUUGUCUGUCUCAAAAUCAUAAAUUAGUCGAUAAGAUUUUAAACGAACGAAUUAAACCAAUGGAGAAUCAAUUAAAACAAGUCACCGACGCUUUUCUUAAUAAUACAACUACUGGUAGUUCUAUUAGCGAUAACAAAGAAUGCAGGCAACACGAAUUCGAAAUGCUAAUCUUUAAUCUAUUAAUUGAUUUCAAUACUUCGCACUCGCAAAUAACCAUUUUACGUCAAUUAUGGAGCAAAUUAAAUAAAUUCUCUGACACACUCUUGAUUCAUUUAAAAAUGCUUGGUAACAACGGCAGCAAUGAUGAAGAACAUUCUAAAAAAUAUAUAUGGACAAUACUUGAAGAUAUUGUUAAUAUAUUUGAAUCAAUUGAAAGCAAUAACAACGCAAAUUACAUACAUGCUUUAAAUAGUAAUGGUAAUAACAGUUUAGAUAACAUUAUAUAUAAUUUAACUUUGUUACCUUCCGCUUCUACAUCUCCACCUUUCACCUAUCCUCCAACACCUUCAAUUGAUCAACAAAAAUUUGACUUUCUUUUAGACUUCCCACUAGAAAAUAUUGACGGCACUUCUAAUAAUAACACUUUAGACGCUUUUGAAUCAUCACCUACUACCACUCCUACUACAACCACUGCCACAAUUGCAGUCACUGAUGUUGGUGAUGCUGGAACAAUUGAAAAAUCGACCAAACAAUCAAAAGAUCAAAAUGUGAAAAAAAGAAAGUCACAACUAAGUCAAAACUCUUUGAAAAUUAAAAAAAGAUUGCCUAAUCAAAGUCAGCAACAUAUUCCCGGUCCUUUAUCAUCACAACCACAACAAUUUACUUUUCAUUCUCUUAUUCCAACUCCACCGUUACCUCCUUCUACAUCUGGAUCUUCGACUUCUUUUCAAAAUCAACAAAUUCAAUCACAACAACAACAGCAAUCGGAAUUAGGGUUUUCAUUUCUUUCGGGAUCUUGGUCUCCAAAUUUCUCAUUGCAAACAACACCAAUAUCGCCACAAAUUGCUAUUACGACACCAUCACAUGACCAAAUAAGUGAUUUAUUAAACAGUUUUAAUAAUAUUCCUGCAUCUAAUUCGUCAACAUCAUCACCAAUAAUACCAAUGCCAAUACAAGCUACUACGCCUAAUUGCGACAAUAUUAAUAAUGAUAAUGGUGACAAUAUCGACGAUGAUUCAGACCAUUUAAAUUUUGAAACAAAUUUUUAUUUCUAA